CGCCGCCGCUCCUCGGGGCUGCCGAGCUCGGCCCCGUCUCUGCCCCUGCCCGGCCGCGGGUGAACCUGCAGGCUCCUUGCCCACCCGGAGGACUUCUUUUUUUUCUUUUUUUUCUUUUUCUUUUUUAAGGAAACAAGGGAGGGAGGGAGAGGGAAAGGGAGAGAACGAAGGGGAGCUCGUCCAUCCGUUGAAGCACAGUUCACUAUGAUCUUACUCGCCUUCAGCACUGGAAGACGGGUGGAUUUCGUGCAUCACUCGGGGGUGUUUUUCUUGCAAACCUUGCUUUGGAUUGUGUGUGCUACAGUCUGCGGAACGGAGCAGUAUUUCAAUGUGGAGGUUUGGUUACAAAAGUACGGCUACCUUCCACCAACUGACCCCAGAAUGUCGGUGCUGCGCUCUGCAGAGACCAUGCAGUCCGCCCUAGCGGCCAUGCAGCAGUUCUAUGGCAUUAACAUGACAGGAAAAGUGGACAGAAACACAAUUGACUGGAUGAAGAAACCUCGAUGUGGUGUCCCUGAUCAGACAAGAGGUAGCUCCAAAUUUAAUAUUCGUCGAAAGCGGUAUGCAUUAACAGGACAGAAGUGGCAGCACAAACACAUCACGUACAGUAUAAAGAACGUAACUCCAAAGGUAGGAGACCCUGAGACCCGUAAAGCUAUUCGCCGUGCCUUUGAUGUGUGGCAGAAUGUAACACCUCUGACAUUUGAAGAAGUUCCCUACAGUGAAUUAGAAAAUGGCAAACGUGAUGUGGAUAUCACCAUCAUCUUUGCAUCUGGCUUUCACGGAGACAGUUCUCCCUUCGAUGGGGAGGGAGGAUUUUUGGCACAUGCCUAUUUCCCUGGACCGGGAAUCGGAGGAGACACUCAUUUUGACUCCGAUGAGCCGUGGACACUAGGAAAUCCUAAUCAUGAUGGAAAUGACUUAUUUCUGGUAGCAGUUCACGAAUUGGGACAUGCUUUGGGCCUGGAGCAUUCCAAUGACCCUACUGCCAUCAUGGCUCCGUUUUACCAGUACAUGGAAACAGACAACUUCAAACUUCCUAAUGAUGAUUUGCAGGGCAUUCAGAAGAUAUAUGGUCCACCUGACAAGAUCCCUCCACCUACAAGACCUCUACCAACAGUGCCCCCACACCGCUCCAUUCCUCCAGUGGACCCGAGGAGAAAUGACAGGCCGAAGCCUCCUCGGCCUCCCACCGGCAGACCUGCCUACCCUGGAGCCAAGCCCAACAUCUGUGACGGGAACUUUAACACGCUAGCUAUUCUUCGCCGUGAGAUGUUUGUUUUCAAGGACCAGUGGUUUUGGCGAGUGAGAAACAACAGGGUGAUGGAUGGAUACCCCAUGCAGAUUACUUAUUUCUGGCGGGGCUUGCCUCCUAGUAUUGAUGCAGUGUAUGAAAAUAGUGACGGGAAUUUUGUCUUCUUUAAAGGCAACAAAUUCUGGGUGUUCAAGGACACAACUUUGCAACCUGGUUACCCUCAUGACUUGAUUACUCUUGGAAGCGGAAUCCCUCCUCAUGGUAUUGACUCGGCCAUUUGGUGGGAAGAUGUUGGGAAAACCUACUUCUUCAAAGGGGACAGGUAUUGGCGAUAUAGUGAAGAAAUGAAAACCAUGGACCCUGGCUAUCCCAAGCCAAUCACAGUCUGGAAAGGAAUCCCUGAAUCUCCUCAGGGAGCUUUUGUGCACAAAGAAAAUGGCUUUACAUAUUUCUACAAAGGAAAGGAGUAUUGGAAAUUCAACAACCAGAUACUCAAGGUAGAACCUGGAUAUCCAAGAUCCAUCCUCAAGGAUUUUAUGGGUUGUGACGGACCAACAGACAGAGAUAGAGAAGGACACAGCCCACCAGACGAUGUAGACAUUGUCAUCAAACUGGACAACACAGCCAGCACUGUGAAAGCCAUAGCUAUUGUCAUUCCCUGCAUCUUGGCCUUAUGCCUCCUUGUAUUGGUUUACACUGUGUUCCAGUUCAAGAGGAAAGGAACACCCCGCCACAUACUGUACUGUAAACGCUCUAUGCAAGAGUGGGUGUGAUGUAGGGUUUUUUUUUUUCUUUCUUUCUUUUCCAGAAGUUUGUGGUAACUUGAGAUUCAAGACAAGAGCUGUUAUGCUGUUUCCUAGCUAGGAGCAGGCUUGUGGCAGCCUGAUUCGGGGCUGACCUUCCAAACCAGAGGGUUGCUGGUCCUGCACAUGAGUGGAGACACACUCAUGGGGAAGAUUCCAUGAUGCACAGUAUCUGCUGUUCUUCAGUCCUUUGUCUUUCUUUGUCAUGCAGUUCUAGGCCUUUCCUCUGCACGUUCAAUGCCCAGUAAGAUUUCAGGAUUACUUAAAGAAGAGGAAUAAAAAAGAAGAAAAGAUGCUUCUUAAACGUUUUUAAUAUUAUUUACCUUCUGAAGUCUGAGCCCAUUUCUGGGAGAGAAAAAAUAAAAAGAAGCAAAACAGAAAACACAUUUUUUUUUUUUUUUUUGCUUUAAACAAAGGAAAAAAAAAAAUUCCGCAUUUGAACUUUCAGGAAAGUGUGAAGACCCAAAACAGCUUUGUCUCCAAAGAAGAUAGCUCUGUGACUGCUAUGGAUAGUCUCCCACGCAUCCCUUUGUCAGGUGGGAGACCUGGAAUGCACAUGCAGGACUUCAGACUGUUGGGACAGCCAUUUUCCAACAAACAAGGGGCCAAAAUAUCUGCAAUAUAGUAACAGCCUUAAUAAUACAUCCAUUUUUCAUUUUCUACAGCUGUUCUCAGCUAUGUCCUCACUGUUUCAUUACAUUUAUAUUCAUAGGUGUAUUCCGACAGGAUCUUCUAGUUGUUUUGAAGUGUUUCUAAACCCCUUCUUGCCACCGGGCCCCUACAUCAUUGUGAUAACCUACCCAGGUUGUAUUAGGCCAUUGCCCCAGGCCUUCAUGGGUCUGUUAGGAAUAUUCAUUACAAAGCAGAGCAAAAAGCAUUAUGUCUCUGAGGUAGAUUAAAGUGGCAGUCAUAUUACAAGGAUCGAUGACUCUCGUAACACAUUGGUGUAACCCUUUGAGAACUAUCAGACCUGCUUAAGAGUCUUACUAUCCAAUUAGAACUAGGCAAUGGUGAAACAAUCACAGAUUGAAGAAGUUCCGGCUUUUAUAACAUAUCCUCUGAUCUCAUGUAAUUCUUGGGUGAUUUACAGCAUUAAAUAAAUGCAUUUAUAACAAACAGAAAUGAUGUUACUUGCCAAACAUUUUCUGGCAAAUAAAAGUGAUAUUUUGUUAACAGUAUCUCAUAAGAGUAAAACUUUAUUUCAACAACUGGUUAUAAUAACCUAAGCCCUUUUCCCCUUAGAUAUAUUGUAUUUUUAUUUUAAAAUCCAUUGCAUGAAAAUUGAAUUUGCCUUGGUACAGUGCAGUUAACAUUGCCAUUUAAAAAUGAAUUAAAAUGAUGACUCUGAGAUUGCAUGAAUGUCCUUCAGUGCAUUACCUAUUGCAUGUCAACCAUAGUUCUCAAAGGGUUAGUGUGGCUUCUGGCAUUUAGCCAUCCACUUGAUCACUGACAGCCAAGAGACCACCAAAGCAUUUCAUUGUUGAGUGUAAUUUGUCCUAACAACAGUAUUGUCAUUUUCAUGUGACCUGCAGAGCAGGUUUGUAUGAAUAUUUUUUUCCUAGAGAAAAGUCAGCAACUGACAGACCUCUUUAUUGAUUUUUAGGAGCUGCUUCUUGCAGUGAAAGGCUUUACAGCCACUGGGCUGUGAACUUAUUAGAGAUGGUCAGAAGGAAUGCACCCCAUGAGUCAGACAUUGGCUUUGUGUGAAAGCCAGCUUUUGAGGGGAUUAGCUUUUGAAACAAUGAACAGCUUGCCUUGAACUUGAUUAUUGAUCUGUUGACUGUCAUUAACAACAACUUAAACAUUGUCUUCUGUGAAAAUUUUCCUGAAGAGUCCUGUUCUGUCUUUACCCUUUGACCUUUAACUUGCAAACUGGCACAAACUGAAGAAAUUCUGUUGUGGCUUCUCUGACGGAUGGUGAAUUGUUCUUUAAAACCGAGUAAGCAUGAGCUGUUUCCCUAGAAUGGAGAGAGGAAGGGUGUUGGCAGUGUAUCUGCGGGUGGACACUUUGCUCCUUACAUGCACACUCAAAAAUGCCCUAUAGGUAGAAGUGACUCUUACUUUCUUUUCAUAUGAUUUCAAGCCUAAAUUCAUCAUUUUAGUACAAAUUAUAAAAAAACUAUAGGGAAAAAAACCUCAAAUACUUGAAUGGCCAGUGUGGCUUUUAUAUAAAGCAGGAAUUUUAUACUAGUGAAAAUUUCUUACUCAUUUGCUAAUAAUACACAUUUCCAGAUGAUUUUUAAUGAGUGUAGGUAUACAUUCUUAUUUGGAAAUGGAUAGUUUGGCUGCCUUGAAUUUAUAUUUAUACUCAACAUAGCAUGAAAACUAGAAUGCCUUUUGGUUAAACUACAUGUUUAUGACUUGGUUGGGGAAAUAUUUUCUAAUCAUGGGUGGCAUGCUGGAAAGCCUUGCAGAUUGAUAUUUCUUACAAUCUGAGCAUACUGUAAGCCUAGGAACUAAAAAAAAGAACAGUUAGAAAAUAGGAGUGACUUUACAGCAAAACAUUAUGCAAUGCGGACUGUACUUUGACAAGAUACCAAGAUCAUGAAUAUGAGGGCCAUGAAAGCAAGAAGAGAGAACCAGAAUCAACCCUGUAGCUUUACUUCAGUGCUUCCAUUCUAGAUGAUGCUGGUAUUAUAAAGAGUUAGUCACUGCUGCUGAGCAUAGAGGAGUUUAUAUAUAAGCUUGUUUAUGUAGUGUUUGCUUGUGGGAGGGUUUAAUCCUUUCAGGACUUUGAUGUCAAGAAAGAAAAAGACUAUAUUUUGCUAAAGAUAGAAAUGAGGAAUUGUGUCAUUUUGGGACAUGUGCAAAUCAUCGAGGAACUCCAUCAACCUGCAUUGAAAAACAUUUUUUCUCUAAACUGAGAAACAAAAUAAGCAAUCUAUUUCCUCUUUAUUCAUUUAUCACAGUAUCCUGAUUCAUCACAAGACUGUAAGUAUAUAAGGGCUAGAAAAUAAUCAUAGCAUUAAGAAAGAAGGUGUCUGUCAUUUUGCGUGAAUUCUGGUAAAAGUCAUGACUGAAUUUUGAAUCAUAUUUACUUGAAUAUGAGAAGAAUUUUAUGUGAUAAGAAAAAGAUUAUAAGGUUGCUGUCUUGCCUAGGAUGUUUAUCAGACUAUAAGAAUACAAGAAAAAAGAAAAUAAUAAUUACAAUAUAAUCACAAACACUGGAAUUUCAUUUGUUUAUUGUGUACCAGGCACUUUGUGAGUAAAGUUGCUGCCUCCUUUUCCACGUGAGAUUUGGAAAAAGUAUCAAUCCUAAGAGAAUAGUGAAAGGAAGAGUAACUGAUUGACCUAGAAUAACAAUUGAAAAAACAAUAUAGAAUAAAUUUACCUGGGUCAACAAUGUACUAUAUCAGUUCAGUGUCAGUAGAGAGAUGCACUUACCAAACAUUUUUCAUCACCUCAUCACAAGUAAUAUAAAAGAUAAGACCUAGGGUUUGCCAAAGAAAAUGUAAACACAUUCAUUCUCACACAAAACAAUUUGUGUUUUACUAUUUCUUAGUAUCUACUAUAAACACAAAUUUAAACCAGAUAGUUAUCUACAUAAAGUGAUUAUAUAGUUUAUAAUUUUAAUGAAAUAUUAUUUUUGUACAUUAUUAACUGAACUGAAUGGAAUAUUAAAAUAGCUAACCAGCUUGAAAUCUCUGGAAAGCAGUAAUUUCACACCAGAUCGUUAAAAAAGGUUGCAAAUUUAACUAUUGGCCCAUUUCAGAACAAAACAUCUGUGCACGUGGCAGCCAUCACAAGUGAAUAUAAAUGCCUUUUAUAAUUGCAAAGAAUACAGAGUGAAAAUAAAGAACAUUAUAACUUCUGCUAUCAGAGGCUAAGACUUUUCUGAAUCAUAUGUAAUAAAUUACUAAGUAAUGAUUAUAAAAAAAUUAUUAAGUAAGAAAGGGUACAGGCUGAUUUACUGAAAUAAGCAAAUGUUACUUUUAUUGGUCAAGUGGCCUCUAAUCUUCUUAUUGAUACCUAAUUUGGCUUUUCAUCUACUAUGUACUUAUUUCCUUUCUGUGUGAUUUUAAAACACAAUAUAAUGGGUAAAAACAUUACCCAAACUUCACUGGUAGUUCCAAUAUAUGAAUGAUGGUGUAUAUACUGAAUCCUGGGGGUAAUCAUGUAAUAUUUACAAGUGAUACAUAUUGUGUUGAUAUCUCUAAAUAUGGUACAAAUACAGACCCGUGCUUUGUGGCUCUUCCAGUAGAAUAACCAGUGUGUCCUUAUUGACUAAACUCAGUGUGCUGUUUGAAGAGGAAUGGAUAUUAUAUAUAAAUAGACUUGUUAAACAAGAGUCAUGAAAAUGAUCUUUUAAAAAAGUUUUUGGAAU